AUGGGACCAAAGGUUAUGGUCACCACAGCAGACCCCUUCGAGGAGGCCACCGACUCAGGAGAUGGCCACACAGGCAGAACUGAGACGGGUGACCCCGAGGCCAUGGACCUCAGCUCAUACCAGCAACCCAUGGACCCCGAUCAUGAGGAGGAGCACGAUGAUGACGACAAUGAGGGAAAUUCUCAGAUUCUUUCAUUAUUCUGCGAGCAUGCAGGCCAGCUGGAGUUCAAGACUCAGGAGCAGGACCGACCCCCAAGGAGACCCCCUGAAGCAGCAAGAGCAGGGGACCUAACCAUGAGGAGACCAACCCUUCAUGGUAACGAGUUUGUCUCAGCAGAGCACAUACUACGAGCAGCUCUGGAAGAUGGACCCAUAGGGUUCAUGCUGUUGGAGGAGCCACCAUCAUCACUACUGGCCUUUGGUUUUGUACCUACAGGCGCAGACAAAGGAGUCGAGAUGGAGGUGGAGGUAGACAAGGUGGUGAUGGCAGCAGACAUACCAAAGCCAUACCAACACCUGCGAGAUGUGUUUGAUGGGGUGGAAGCAGACAAGCUGCCCCAUCAUACUGAGCAUGAUCUCCACCUCGAGUUGAUAGAAGGAGGUAAACCACCUCAAGGGCCCCUAUACCUUAAGGGACCCAAGGAGAUGUCCGAGUUGAGGAGGUACUUGGAUGAGAACCUCAAGAAGGGAGGUCUCAACAAGAUCACUGUCAAGAACAGGGCACCAUUGCCCCUCAUUGAGGAGCAGCUGUUCUUACUCAGGAAGGCAAGGAUCUAUACCAAGCUGGACCUUAGAGCAGCAUACAACCUCAUCUGGAUUGCUAAAGGAGAUGAAUGGAAGACAGCUUUUGGCACUCAGUUGGGACUCUAUGAGUACCUAGUGAUGCCCUUUGGCCUAGCCAAUGCUCCAGCUCACUUCCAUUCGCUCUUUGCUAAGCUGUCGAAGUGUGAGUUCCACACCAAGACAGUCGAGUUCCUGGGGUACAUCAUCAAGCCAAUGGGCAUAGAGAUGGACCCAGAAAAGGUGCACACUGUCAAGGAGUGGCCAAUGCCAGAGUCAAUCCAUGACAUCCAAAGGUUCCUGGGUUUUGCCAACUUCUAUCGAAGGUUCAUAGCCCACUUUGCUUGCAUAGCCAAGCCCUUGACAUCACUGGUAAAGCCUAUAGAACAGUUCAAGAAGUUCGAGCUACCAGAGGAGGCCCAACAGGCCUUCCACAAGCUCAUCCAGGCAUUCACAUCAGCAGGAGUGCUUCAGCACUUCGACUACCACCUUCCAACAAGGAAGAUGUCUUCUGCCGAGAAGAACUAUGAAAUCCAUGACAAGGAGCUCCUAGCUGUGGUCGCCUGCCUUACUCAGUGGCGACACAUGCUAGCUGGACUACUGAGCCAACUGGUCAUCCUCACUGACCAUGAAGCCCUCAAGUACUUCAAGUCACAGAGAUGCAUCACAGGUCAACAGGCUCAAUGGGCCAUACUACUAGCAGACUUCGACUUCAUAUUGCAGUAUCGACCAGGAGACAAAGGUGGUGAACCCGAUGCUCUCACCAGAAGGACAGACAUGCAACCAGCUGGUGAAGAGCAGGAUCACAAUGUGAGGCAACUACUGCCUCCUCGAGUGUUCAGGGAGACAGCAGACCAUGACUCGACCCUAGUGGCCCCUAUGAUCUCGAUGGAGUCCAUAGCAUCAAAAGGUCUCAGAGACCUGGUCAAGAUCUUCCAGCCCUUAGACCAAGAGCUACAGGAGAUACAUAGGAAGAAGCCCUUCGAGGUCAAGGAUGACCUAUGGUACAGUGGAGGAAGGCCCUGGGGCUCCAUAUCCCUCAACUUCAUCAAAGGACUACCACCAUCAAAGAAGUAUGACUCCAAGACCUAUGACUCUAUCUUAGUCAUUGUUGACAGGCAGUUCAUAUCAGGAGCAUGGAAGGCAUUUGCAGAGCAAAUGGGUGUGAAGCACUCACUUAGCAUGGCUUACCAUCCUCAAACCGAUGGUCAGACAGAGAGGGUCAAUCAGGUCAUAGAGCAAUACCUCAGGAUGUACUGCAACUAUGAGCAGGAUGACUGGGCCAACCUGCUGGACACUGCAGCCUUUGUAUACAACAACAUGGUCCACAACAGCAUUGGUGUCUCACCAUUCUUUGCAUGCUAUGGAUGGAACCCCAAAGCUCAUCCUGACAUCCCUCAACAACUAGGAGUCAAUGAUCCCGGUUGCUUCGAGUACCUCAUGGAUGGAAAGGAGCAUUGCAAGUACCUCCAGGAGCAGAUCAGAGAGGCACAAUGUAGAUCAGUAGACCAGUAUAACAGGAAGCACAAGGACAUCGAGUUUAAGGUGGGUGAUAUGGUCUAUAUCAACCGUCGAAACUGGAAGACAUGGAGACCCACACCCAAGUUAGAUACCUGGUUUGCAGGACCCUACCCAGUUCAGGAACGGGUAGGAUGCCGAGCUUAUCAAAUCACAUUGCCAGCAAACCUUAGGGUGCAUGAUGUGUUCCAUGUCUCCAUGCUCGAACCAGCAAGAACAAGUUCUCUUCCUCAACGUGCUGAACAGCCCACCAUACCAUCACUUCCAGAUGAGGACCUUGACUUCGAAGUCAAAGCACUCAUUGACAAGCGUUCACACAAUGGGACUACAGAGUACAAGGUGUUGUGGAGAGGGUACUCAGAAGAAGCUGCUUCAUGGGAACCAGUAGAGAACCUCAACUGUCCCGACCUCAUCCAGGAGUAUGAGGUGUCGGAGGGGGGACGAUGUCAUGGGCCUGGAUGCUCAAGAAGCAGGAGGGUCAUGGGUUCAUAUGGAAGGAGCACAGGUAUCGAAGAUCUAGUCGAUACCAGUAGAGAGCAUGGUCGUAGUGCAGUCUCCAUGGAGACCAUGGACUUCUAUGGACUCACAUGCAAAGGAGGACCGAGCCAUAUGCAAGGAGGGCCAGGCACAGCCAUGAGGAGGACCAAGCUCAAGGAGCAGGCACAGCCACGAAGAGGACCAAGCUCAAGGAGCAUGCAGAUGGUUACCACUCAGGGGCUCGAGAGACAAGAGCCAAAGGAACUGUCACUGAUCAAAGGAGAAGGAGCAGUGUUGAAGGAGUCGACACCAGGUCAUGAGGAGGAGGAGCAGUGUCGAAGGAGUCAACACAGCUCAAGAGGCACAGGGGUGCCAAGCAGGAGAGGCCCCUGA